AUGGCCCAACGACUCCAAGACAGCAAGCUCCUCUUGAGAGUUGCAGUGCUGCUGUGCCUGUCUGCAUGGUCUCAUUCUGUGGAACUUCCUGACCUAAUGGACAGAGCAGCUGAACUUUCCGAAAAUUUGCACUCCCUGAGCACGGCUCUGAAAAGCGACCUGGACUCUCACUACCCUGUUGUGGGAAAGAUGAUGGUACCUCGUCACUCUCAGUGCCACACCUCCUCCAUCAAAACCCCGUAUGACAAAGAGCAGGUCCUCAGCAUGUCGGAAUCAGAGCUGAUCUCCCUCAUUCGCUCCCUCCUCCUUUCCUGGAGCAACCCCCUGCUGCUGCUCUCUUUGGAGGCAGCUUCUCUCCCUCAUCCACUCAAUACUGUGGUUUACAGUAAAGCCAAUGAGCUUCAGAGGAAUUCUGACAAUCUGAGUGCUGGACUGGACAUCCUGGUGCGCAAGAUGGGUGUCUCUUUGCAAUCCGUCUCCCCUCCUCCUUUGAGAGAGAGCACCCUCGGCAACGAUGACAUCUCUCGCCUUGUCAACUUCCACUUCUUAAUGUCUUGUUUCAGAAGGGACUCCCAUAAGAUUGACAACUUCCUCAAGAUACUUCGCUGUCGUACUAACAAAUUGCAACCAGGGGUGUGCUAG